AUGGGUAUCAUCAAGAAGAAGUCGAAACAAUCACGGCUGCUUUUGAAAGUCAAGGUUAUCCAGGCGCGCAAUGUUACCAUUGAGAAUUCUGGCUGCAAUCCUAUAUGUUUAGCGACAACUAAUGGGGUGUUUACGAAGACAAAUAAGCAGAAAAACACUACUUCACCUACUUGGAAUCAAGUGCUUAAACUUAGGCUGCCCGAUCGUCCGUAUUCCGAGCACUUGCGCAUAGUCAUUUAUGAUGUCCUCACGAGUACGUUCGGUGAGAAUGGAGUUGAGGAAAACGGGCAUAAAGAUGCCAAUGCAUACGAUACAUCGAGAAAAUAUCUCUACCUUGGAGAAGUACAGGUCUCAUUACUUGAACUAUUUCGGAAGAGAGACAACCCUACCAGUUACAAAUUCUCAUCGGGACCUUCCUGGUAUCGCCUUUACAAUAGAAACGCCAUCAAGUAUGCGCAUGCUAAACUUGAGCAUGCGCCAACAUCUUUAGCCGUAGGCGAAGUGCAAUUAGCGUUCUCACUAGAUUGUCCAAAAGGCCAGACACUUUUUAAAGCAUUUAACGAUUGGCAAAUGACACUGGUGGAAGACCUAGAGCGCCUUAAGAAACAACGUUCAUCAAGUAGAAGCAGGAGCAAUUUGGAUCUUCUUUCAACUGCCGUGGCGGAUGCUGCGUCUGUAAUCUCCGAUGUUUCCUCAGAUGCCACUGAUUUCGAAGAUAUCGUGGAGGUGCCGAGCUUAGAAGAGACGGAGACAACCGCAAACACAGAGCUGGUCAGUUUAAAGUAUCUUUAUGAGCAGUUUGGAGAGCUACUGGAUGACGAGGAUGAUGACGAAGCGGAAGAAGAUUUCGAAGAGGAGGAUGAAAACGAUAUUGAAGAUAUUGAAGAUAUUAAUGAUGACGACGAUGACUUCGCCGAUUUCGAUGAUGUAACAACGAAUUUGCAUUUGAAUAAAGUUGCAACGGCACUUGAUGAAUAUGAUGUUGUUUUAUCUACCUCAAAUCUAUCCUUAGAUCCUUCCACAAAUCCGACUUCCCAACUGACCAACGAUGAUAUAAUCUAUGAAUAUAGUGACGAGAGCGACGGAAAAGAAAGCCAACUGAUGAUGCUUAUGCAGAAUAACAGAAAACCUCGCAGACGUGGGCGGCACAGAAAUGGAAUGAAGUUUCAGUUAUCCAAAAGGGAGCACGCAGCUGGUGUCAUCUUUUUGGAUAUCGAGAAAAUCAUCAACCUACCGGCUCUCCGAAAUAAAUUCUCAAAGAGAUACUUGAUGGACCCAUUUGUCAUUAUAACAUUCGGCAGAAGGGUAUAUAAGACCUCAUGGCGCAAGCAUUCGUUAAAUCCAGUUUACAAUGAGCGCAUAGCGUUUGAAAUUUUCUCUAAUGAAACAAAUUUUGACUUUCACUUCAAGGUUGUUGAUAAAGAUUCUUUUUCUUAUCACGACAAUGUUGCUGAGGCUAGCAUCUCUUGGUCCGAGCUAGAUAAUAUGCAGCAUGAAAAUGGUGAAGGUUAUGCAAUCCCACUUACUCUAAACUUGAAACUCAACGACGAUCUUCAUUCUGACGAUUACUCUCCACAGCUCUUUGCGAAGUUCAGUUUUGUUUCUUACAAGAAUCUGAAAAAACAUUUUUGGGAAAGGGUCAUCAACUAUAUGUCGACUCUGAAGGAAUUUGAUAUAGUCGAAUUGAGUUUAUUUAUGGAUCAAAUCGGUACCUUUGCCGAUGACGAAAUAAUGAACUGUUUUUACUACGCAGGCAAGUCUCCUUGGGCUUAUGAUAAAGUAACAAGGGAAGAGGUUGUUGAGUACCUACAAUUAUUGAAAAGUUCUGCGGGAUUCAAAAAGAUAAAAAAGUGCCCUCUUUGCUUCAGAAGGUACAAAAGCACCAGAAAUGCUGUUAAUUCGAAGCUCACCAUGGAUAAUGACCUAAUUACUCAUUUUGCUAUCUGUUCUGCUCGUGACAACAAAAAGAAACUCCUGAAGCCUUCAUAUGUUUCGUCUGAUUUCGCAUCCAAGAGAUGGUUCUCCAAGUUUCUCAUAAAAUUAACUUACGGUAGAUAUGCACUUGGCUCCAAUAAUGCCAACAUUCUCGUGCAAGAUAGGGAUACUGGUGUUGUUAUCGAGGAGAAAAUCAGUGCACACGUCAAAUUAGGAAUAAGAAUUAUUUACAAUGGAAAAGGAACGCAAUCUAAAAAGUUUAAAGCACUUUUGAAAAAGCAAUCCAUCAAGCAAGGCAAAAAGUUCGAUAGCUCGAGGUCGGUGAAGGAAAUUGAUUCAUUCAUUAAAUUUCAUUCUCUCGAUACAUCAGAAUGCGUUGAAACGGAAUAUAAAACGUUCAAUGAAUUUUUUUACAGAAAACUGAAGCCUGGUAGUAGAGAACCUGAAGUGGAAAGUCCAAAAGUUCUUUUGUCUCCAGCAGAUUCUAGGUGUACCGUUUUUUCAAGCAUCAAGUCAUCUAAACAAAUAUGGAUUAAAGGUAGAAACUUCACCUUGACCAAAUUGACUGGGAACUAUCGUCCUGAGGUCUUUAACGAUCGAUCUUGUAGCAUUGGGAUUUUCCGGUUAGCUCCUCAGGAUUACCAUCGUUUUCAUUGUCCCUGCGACGGUAUCAUUGGAAAGCCGAAAUAUAUUAGCGGAGAGUAUUAUACUGUCAACCCUAUGGCUAUUCGCACAGAGCUGGACGUUUUCGGAGAAAACGUACGAGUUGUUAUCCCUAUUGAGUCUGAGCAUUUUGGGACAAUUCUUUAUAUUCCUGUUGGUGCGAUGAUGGUAGGCUCCGUCAUUCUCACAUGCAAUGAGGGAGACAAAGUUGAGAGGGGUCAGGAAUUGGGCUAUUUCAAAUUUGGAGGAUCGACUGUUCUUCUCAUUAUUCCAUCGCAGAAGAUUGAAUUUGACACUGAUUUGCUGAAGAAUUCAGAGGAGCGCAUUGAAACGCUGGUAAAAGUGGGAAUGAGUGUCGGGCAUACGCCGGAUGUCAAAGAGCAUAAGAGGGAAAAAAUUAUCAUUAGAAGCAAGGAGGAACUAGAUCGUAUCACCAGAACCAUAACUGUCACAGACGACACCGCCAAAAGUGUAAGCAACGUUUCCUGGGAGUACCAAACUUUACAAAAGCUUGCUAGUCAUAACAUUUCCUCUUCCACACCAGUCUCAUCGGAUCCAACAGAUACUGGAUUCACAGAACUAAUUAGCAUAUCAUCUGACUAA